AUGGCUUGGAACGGGCCCACGCAAUACCAAUGCAUUGCAGUUUUUCCGUUUAUUGUGAUCAAUAUUUCGCUUAUUGUGAUCAAUCUCGCAAUUUUUAUACAAGUGGGAAUUGCUUUUUUUGGAGAAGCGAGACGACUGAAACUAGCAUUGUGUUUUAAUGAACAUUCAUUGGUCGCAAAAGGUACAUUAGCUUAUGAGCCCAUUUUAAUUAGAGAGGGAAGGGGUCGCGGAAAGAGGUCCAUUAAGGUGUACGUUUGUCUGUUUAUUUGCCUAGCUGCUAAGGCGAUUCACCUGGAAUUGGUCACUGAUUGCACCUCGUCAGCGUUCAUAGGGGCCUUUAAGAGGUUUAUAUCUCGCAGAGGUAAACUGUCGACCAUUUAUUCAGACAACGCAACAACGUUUAAGGGUAGCAAUCGGGAAUUGCGUUUCAUCCAUCAGGACAUCAUAAAAUCAGAGUCUUUUCGAAAAUUGAUCGGAGAUUGUGCGGGGGACAAUAUUGAAUUGCGUUUCAUACCUCCUCGAUCGCCACAUGUCGGUGGCAUUUGGGAGGCUGGUAUAAAGUCUAUGAAAUUUCAUCUGACGAGAGUUGUCGGUCAAUCAUUGUUCACCUAUGAAGAGAUGUACACUUAUCUCACGUUGAUAGAGGCUUGCCUGAAUUCCCGUCAUUUUUUAAUCGGAUCUGCUUUAACAGCUCCAGCUGAACAUGACCUGAGUACCGUCAACAUUCAUCGGCUGGAUCAGUGGCAAAAGACCCAGCAACUGCGCCAUCAUUUUUGGAAGAGGUGGUCCCGAGAGUACCUCCUGGAGUUACAGCAGCGUUCCAAAUGGGCUACGUCAACGCGGCCAGCUGCCGUGGGUGACAUCGUUAUCAUCCACGGUGACCAUGUACCUCCACUAUGUUGGACUUUAGGUCGCAUCGAAAUCACACAUCCAGGGCGUGAUAGCAGGGUGCGAACGGUGUCAGUGCGAACCAAAAACGAUAUCAUUCAACGAUCAGUGCAUAAACUAUGUCCUUUGCUAAGUUGA